GUCAAGUGCAUUUAACUCUUGUACUGGCUAGACAUUAGCUGUUUUUUUUCUGCAUUUUAGCCAAAAUGCCGGCUUGUUGUAUUGCUGGAUUUUGCUCGAAUACUCGGGAGGAUGGAUUCACUCUUCACAUGUUUCACAAAAGACCCGAUUCGUCGUCAAAAAUGGAUUGCACAGGUCCAAAGGACACGAGCUUUGUGGGUUCCAAAUGACAGAUCUGUUUUGUGCUCUGCCCACUUUGAGGAGUCAUGCUUUGACUCACGUCCUGCUCUGAAGGCAAGUUUUGGCUUUGAGGUCCGCUGCCCGAGGAUUCUGCUCAACACGGCUGUACCGACUAUCUUCCCUCAACCUGAACACGGACAGCGGGAUUCUUGUAAAAAAGACGCCCCACCAAGAAAAAGGUCUGGGUCCAAGGCUAUUGAGAAGCAAGAGAAGUUACGAGUUUUAGCCGAAGCAUGGGCAGUGACUCUGUUACCACAGUUGCCACCAAGGCAGAGGCUUCCUUCCCUGAUCAAAAUAUCAGCGACUCAGACAGCCAUUCCAUCUUUAAAGAACCCCAGUUCUGUUUUUACUUUGGUUUGGGGAGUCGACGUAUCAUAUUCACUGCCCGCUCGUUUCACCAGGAUAAUGCCAAAAUGCCGGCUUGUUGUAUUGCUGGAUUUUGCUCGAAUACUCGGGAGGAUGGAUUCACUCUUCACAUGUUUCCAAAAGACCCGAUUCGUCGUCAAAAAUGGAUUGCACAGGUCCAAAGGACAAGAGCUUUGUGGGUUCCAAAUGACAGAUCUGUUUUGUGCUCUGCCCACUUUGAGGAGUCAUGCUUUGACUCACGUCCUGCUCUGAAGGCAAGUUUUGGCUUUGAGGUCCGCUGCCCGAGGAUUCUGCUCAACACGGCUGUACCGACUAUCUUCCCUCAACCUGAACACGGACAGCGGGAUUCUUGUAAAAAAGACGCCCCACCAAGAAAAAGGUCUGGGUCCAAGGCUAUUGAGAAGCAAGAGAAGUUACGAGUUUUAGCCGAAGCACUGGGCAGUGACUCUGUUACCACAGUUGCCACCAAGGCAGAGGCUUCCUUCCCUGAUCAAAAUCGCAGAAAGUUUUGUGAUCGUCUUGUGAAAAUGUGUGCAAGAACGUCAGUAGAGUACAAGGAAGAGGUUUGUGGACCAAAAAGGGAGGAGGAGCCAAAACGUGAACUACAGGACACUGUGUCAAAUCUGCAGCCUCGAAUUGUGCUACGCAGAGCAGGGAAUUUGGUCUCCACUUCUGUCAUUCAACAUCAAGACGGCUCAAUUUUUGUGACGACAAAGCGCUUUUCAAAUGAUGUCAAUGACUAUCUUCAUCCGGGCUGGAAGCUGUCAGUGUCCGGUCACAUCAAAGAAGAAGAAGGUGAAGAUGUUCAAUGCAUUAAACAGGAGGAGGAAGAAAUCCUCCACGUGAAAGAGGAAGAGCAGGAGGAAAGCAUCCAGGUUCCAUCCACUGGUGUCCAUUUGAAGACUGAAGAUGUUCAAAGUGUUUUCAGAGUUCCAUCAACUCAACCUUAAUCUGUGUAACCAAUUCUGUAAGGAGCUGGACAGACACACCAAAACUCACCUUGUUCAGAGACAAGGCCUCAAAGACUGGCACGAUAGCAGAGCAGCUAACCAAGCUCAUGAAGAUUUAUGAUCUUCAGGAACAACAUGAUGUAAACACGAGAUGGGCCGUCGUCCUUUGUGCACUUCCUGUGUACCUACGUGAAGAUGCCUCCAAGUUAUUCAGGACCUGUAAUUUCCAGAACAGCUGAUCUGAGUAACGUAAGUCCUGGAAAAAGACUAACCAAUUUCCUAGUCAUUGGAAAAAUGGCAAAUGACAAGAAGGUCAAGUCAGCAGAUGGUCCAGACCUCACUGAGACUCCGGUGGCUCUCCUGACAGUUGCUACGGAUGACUCUGCUGAUGUGGCCUUCUUCAACCCUGAGAGCAUCUUUAUUGUUGUGGAGGAUGAUAUACUUAAUCAAUGCCUUCUCUGAGAUGCAGGAAAUCACCAAAACAGGAUGUAAAUGUAGCUCCUUGUUCCCCCUCUAUUGUGUUCAUUCUUAUUAGCAUAAUCCAUUCUGGUCAUCUUUCCCAUCUCAACUUUUUUUCCCUCCCUCCUUUGGAUCCCCUUUUGGUUCCAAACCAGACCAAAGACCUGUACAAAGACACCAGAGACAAAAUUAUACAACUCCACACGGCUGGAAAGAUCUACGGAGAAAUUGCCAAGCAGCUUGGUGAAAAAAGGUCCACUGUUGAAGCAAUCAUUAGAAAUUGGAAGAAGCCAAACAUGACGGUCAAUCUCAAUCAGAAUGGAGCCCCAUGCAAGAUAGCACCUCGUGGUGUCUCAAUGAUCCUUAGAAAGUUGAGGAAUCAGCCCAGAACUACACGACAGCACUUGGUCAAUGACCUGAAAACAGCUGGGACCACUGUUUCUAAGGUGACUGUUGGUAAUACACUAAGACGUCAUGGUUUGAAAUCAUGCAUGGUACGGAAAGUUCCCCUGCUUAAACCAGCUGAAAGGAGUGUUAAUUAGUGAUGCUUCCCAUAACCGUUGAAUACCCGAAUGUAUUGUAUCUAACUUGUUUUAUCUGGUUCAAAGACGACAUUGUAUUGUAUCUCAUUUGUUUUAUCUGGUUCAAAGACAACAUUGUUGUGGGAUAUCUUGACUGUUAUCUCACUUGUUUUUCUAGUCAAGACGUCUUGACCGUUUCACACUCACUUGUUAUCUGGUUCAAAGUCGACCAUUGUUGUGGGAUAUCUUGAUUGUUAUGUUUCUCAGAGCCUGAAGGACACACUUAGGUGUCAAAUGUAAAUUGGCUACAAUUGUUGCGGCGCCAGGUGGGACGGGUAGGCCACCCGCCCUUUCUCUCGCACGCAACUGAAAAGUAUAAUAGAGAGAUGCAGAGCACAAACAGGUAGAGUCUGCUGCGGGUUUCGUACGAACGCCCAGCUGGUUGACAAAGCGGACCUCUACCUGGGUGACGGCUCUCCACCUUCUCGGCAUAGGUAAGAGGCUCAUAUGAUUGAUUUCACGCAAUGUCAACCGUGUUUUGAGAACUUGCAUUUGGUCGAAAUAAAUAUGCCAGUUAUUGAGGCUAAAUAGCAUUUGGGAACGUUGGUCUUUUGUUGAGUGUUAUCUUUGUCUCCUGAGCGCCGACCAGCACCGAUCCUUUCAAUAAAACAUUUUUGGCGUUGUCGGCAGGAUCGUGCAGGCUACGCGCAGGAGAUAAAAACAGGAUGCGUUGUUUUAGAAGGGAAAACUAAGGGUGCGCAAGAGGCACCAGAGGAGGAGGUGGCGCCCGGGUGGGAAGGAAUCACUUUCCGAGAGAUAGAAGCUGUCUUACGGGAGCGUGGGGGACGCCCCGGACUGUGGACAGGAAUGAAUCCCGCUGCCACGCCGCUGGCAUUAUGUGAUAUGUUGAAGCGGGUGGAUGUGAAUGCUCGUGCUCCGCUGGGAGGCACGGAGCAGAUGUUGUGGAUGUGUGCGGAAACUUGGAAAAAUUGCGUGUUGGAGUUGGAUAAGGUUAGAAGCGCAGAAAAUCAAAAGGCGCAAGAGGUUAUCCAGCUAGAGGUUAUAGUGAAAGAAUUAAAGGAGCAUUUGGCAAAAAUGCAGAGUAUAACGAAAAGAGCUGUAAUGCAUAUCUCCCGAGUGGCGCGAAGAGGGCGAAAGAAGAAACCUCGUAAAAUAGAACAAGCGCAAAUCCGUUCAUUCACCACUGGGCUCUCAGCGCAGUGGAAUCCGGAGGAGUGGAACGGGGAUAUGUGGGGUGAUGAUGAUAAUUAUGUUGAUGAUGAAUAUGAUAAAGGUGUAAGACCGGACCCGCCACCACAGACCGGGUUGUAUCCCUCGUUAAAGGGGCUGCAGAUACACCCUAUCACGCGACGAAAAGAGCAGCGACGCGUGAUACCGGAUCAAAUCCAGGAUCUGAUGGGGGCGGACGGUCGACCGAUUCUGGAUGAAAAUGGCGAGCGAGUGCGGGGGCUGGUCCCACAAGCGCAGCCAGAGGCAGAAUUGUUUAUGACUAGAGAAGAUUAUACACAGGAAGAGACUACUCAUAUUGUAACAAAGUAUCAUCAGAAACCGGGUGAACCGAUCGAUGUUUGGCUCAUUCGGUUGCUAGACGAAGCAGCUGAUGCCGUUAUUAUUGAUGCUGGGGAUUAUCAGCGGUUCGCAGCGCUUUCCACCGAUAGCCAGCUAAACGCGGAAUUCCAGGGAAUGUGCAGAGUCAUGGGCGGUGAUGUAGGGCUCCCUCUCUCGGCGUUAUAUGGGGCAGCCACGCAGCUGAUAUUUCCAUCAUAUCAAGAUUGGCCAGAACUGAGAGGGCAAUGGUCAACCAUCAGGGAUGCAGUGAUGAGAUUGACACGGUUGUGUAUGAGGCACUCAAUUUCGAGUGAUGGCUCUGUGGAAAUAAGAGAUGGGGAGGUCCCGAAAAUGAUCCGGGAUGCGAUAAUACAUGAUGCUCCCCCACAUUAUAGAGCGGCGGUAUUAACUAUUUUGUUGGGAGCCGCUGACCUGACAUUCUCGAUGGUGAAAAGUAGGUUGGCGGAGUUAGCAACGCUCGGGGACUGGUCUAACGUGAGUGUGCCGCGUGAUCGUGAACCACGUGAAAAACCGAGGGAAAAUCGGAACAGUUUCGCGAAAAAUGGAAAACCUGAGGGAAGCAGAAGUGAUAUGUGGAGGGCACUAAUCAAAGCAGGGGUUCCAGCUGAGGAAAUUGACGGGGUUCCUACGUCAGCGCUUGCUGAAAAAUGCAGACAGAAGAGACUGCAGGUUAGAUGUUUCUCUGGAGGAGGCUUUCCUCAAAUGACGAUGGGCGUGGCGGAGUUAACCAGUAUGCUCAAAGAGUUGAUAAAGCCCCCUCCCAUUGUCUCUCCUACCAUUCCUCCUAUUGCACCUCCCACAGCACCUCCCUUACCACGGGAGGAGGAGGAGACUUCGUCAAGCGAGGAGGAGGAGGAGGAGGAAGUAAGGCAAGUAGCAGCAGUGCAGCGACGGAAAAAGGGGAAGAAAGGCAAAAAUAAACGACGCCAUCAUAGUGAUGAAUAGGAUGAUGGCCAAGCCCUGGUCGCUCGUCAACAACCGGCUCAGCGAUGGUCUACUAGUGAUAUUAGACCUCAUGUGAGGAUGGAAAUUUAUUGGGAUAAAUCAGUUCAAACAGUAACAGCGUGAGUAGAUACCGGGGCGGAGGCCUCAAUAAUUUAUGGAAAUCCAGAGAAAAUGAAAGGACCCCUAGUACCAUUAACAGGACUAGGAGGAAAAGUGGUUUAUGGAAAACAUGUAAACUUACCUUUGAAAAUCGGAAAUAUGCCUGUAAAAACAUAUAUGGUGAUUGUAACCCCUAUCCCAGAGUGGAUAGUGGGCAUGGACAUAUUAGCCGGAAUGACACUUUGUUUGACAGCCGGGAGAUUUGAAUUCGGUGUAAAUCCACUGAAAGUUCAUGCAGUAUUGGUGGGUAAAGUAAAAAUGCCACCUUUUCCGAUACCACAAGCUACACAGGUAGUUAGUCAAAAGCAAUACCGGAUACCUGGAGGACAGGAAGAAAUUUCGGCGACCAUUAAAGAAUAUUUAGAAGCUGGUGUAUUGAAAACGGUGACGACAAACUGGAACAAUCCGUUGUGGCCAGUCAGGAAAUCAGAUAACUCUUGGAGGAUGACAGUAGACUACAGAGGAUUGAAUAAACACACACCUGCAUUGAUUUCCACGGUGCCCGACGCAGUGACAAUUAUAGAACGAGUGCAACAUCAUCCCAGAACGUGGUAUGGGGUCAUAGAUUUGGCUAACGCAUUUUUCACUAUUCCCAUUCCUGAGGAUAGGAUGAAUCAAUUUGCGUUUACCUGGGAAGGGCGCCAAUACACGUUUACCAGACUACCUCAGGGUUAUUUAUCCCACAAUCUGCCACCGGGUGGUAGCAGAGCACCUGGAAAAGCUAAAAGUUCCUAAAGAAAUAAUGAUAUCACAUUAUGUCGAUGACAUACUAGUGCAAGGAACGAGCGGGGAAGAGGUGAAGGAAGUUCUAGGACAGCUAAUACAGCACAUGAAAGGGUUCGGAUGGGAAAUUAACCCUGCAAAGGUCCAAGGACCUUCGCAAACAGUGAAAUUUCUAGGAAUCAUCUGGAACAAAGGGGAAAGGGAAGUGGCAGAAAAAGCUAAGGCUAAAAUUGCUAACUUUCCAGUUCCACACACCAAGGCAGAUGCUAGGAAAUACAUCGGGUUGUUUGGAUUUUGGAGGAAUCAUAUUCCUCAUUUGGGACAGAUACUUCAACCUCUCUACAAAUGCACUAAGAAAAAGGAGGACUUUAGUUGGGGAGAAGAACAACAGCGAUCAUUUGAUAUGGCGAAGGAAGCGAUACAGCAAGCAGUGUCAUUGGGAAAAAUGAAAUCGGGACCGGUAGAAUUACAGGUGUCAGUGUUAAAUGAGUACGCUAACUGGAGUUUGUGGCAAAAGCAAGAUAGGAUUCGUAAACCCUUGGGAUUCUGGUCGAGAAAGCUACCAGAAGCAGGCCUAAGGUACACACCUUUUGAAAAGCAGCUAUUAGCAUGCUAUUGGGCAUUGGUUGAAACUGAGGCUCAAACGGUGGGCCAUGAGGUGUUAAUGAGAACACAUAUACCGAUUUUGACAUGGGUUAAAGGUAACCCGACGACACAUAGAAUAGGAACCGCACAGGAAGCUAGUAUUAUCAAAUGGAAAUGGUAUGUGUCUGAGCGAAUUAAAAUAGGGGAAAAAGGAGUCUAAAGAGUGGGCAAAGACUCACCCUGUAGAAUGGAUCUAUCACAUUCCCUAUUAUCCGCAGGCUAAUGGGUUAAUAGAGCGAAUGAAUGGAAUUCUAAAGGAAACAUUGAAAAAGCUAUCUCGAAACAGAACGCUGGACAAAUGGUGCAAAGACUUACCCGAGGCGGUGAAUCAGAUUAAUAAUAGACCGCUUGGGUCGGGAAUAACGCCCCUAAUACGAAUGAUAAUUGGGGAACUGGUACAAAAUUCCAAUGGGGAAAUUAAAAUGUGGAAAAUUGAUCCUCAAGAUGAAAUUCCCGUACGAGCUACUCCAGGCUUAACGGGAUUGGAUUUGAAAAUCCUCACAAACAUCACUGUGGUUCCCAACGAAAUCCAAAUAGUGAAAACAGGAUUGGGGCUCCAAUGUCCACCAGGGACAUAUGGACACAUUCUACCACGAAGUGGGUUAUCACUAAAAGGGUUAGCAAUUCAAGCCGGAAUAAUUGAUGCGGACUAUCAAGGAGAAAUUGGAGUGGUAUGCAAAUUAUUAGCAGAACAGCCCCUUACAUUGGAAAGAGGGGACAAAAUUGCUCAAUUGAUAGUGAAGCCUUGCCUUGUAACCAAGGUAAAAGAAAUACCUAAACCUGUGAUGAUAACCACCAGAGGGGAGGGAGGAUUUGGCUCCACUGAUUUGGCAGGGGCAAAAAGUUUGGGUAAAACAGCCAGACGGUCCUCCCCGAGCAGCAGAAAUUAUAGCUCAAGGGCAAGAUGCUACUGUGAGCGUGUUAUAUCCUGGAGAGGAAAAAUGGGUAAAUGUACCGGUGUCAAAAUGUUAUACAAGAGAGAACUAAUCACAUGUUUGUAGUAUGCACUAUUUGUCGUAACACAGAU